UAGAAAAACGUUUUAUUCGUUCGUUAUUUUCAAGCUCACAAACGCUUCGUCAACGUCUGGUUUUUACAGCUGUUCUUGUUAAUGUUUAUUCAUUUUAAUGAUUAAUAUAUGCUGUAACGUUCUUAUUUCUUUGUAAAGCACUAGUUUUUUUUGUUUAUAUCGGACAAUAGGUUUCAAACCUAAUAGCAAUGGAAGUUAAGACCAGGAGGGCCCGUCUGCUUCAUCAUGUCGAUGAGAAUGCACAAGUUGUUAGAGGUAAAACCAUGGUUUCACGGCCGAAAGAACAAGGAUUGACAGUCCGCGGAGUUUUAGGCGAAGUAAAUGCUAACUCUGAUGUUCACCGUGAAUUUUCUGGGAAAGAUAACUUCUCUACGAAUCAAAUUGAGAAGAAGAUUCAAAAACCUGUUUUACGAAGAAAUUACUGCCAUGUUCAAUCAAAAAUUGACACUGGGCUGUCUGCAAAACCCAUUCAAGUUUCAGCAAGACCACCUCUUCGACGGGAGGAGAGCACAGCAGGGUUUGCGGCUAGGGCCGCUCUACUGACCAGGGCAGCAGCAAAAGAACUUAUUAAAAAGGAUUGUGAAGGUAAAGAGAAUGGAAAAGUUUCCUCUAAAGAAAUAAAAAAAAUAGAUAAAGUUACUGCCAACAAAGAAUUAAAAGACAAAAAACCUGUUAAGGACACAGCUGAAUCAUUUAGAAAACUGAAAAUUGGUGAAUCUUUAAAUAUAAGUACAAGGUUUAACGAAAACACAUAUUUACCCGAUGACAUUGAAGAUAUAGAUGCUGGUGACAAUAAUCCAUUGUUGAUGUCAAUUUACAUUAAAGAUAUCUACAGAUACCUGACUCACCUUGAGAUGAUAUAUCCAAUUGAGGAGAACUAUUUAAAAAACCAGAGUAUUAUUACUGGUAACAUGAGGGCAACACUUAUAGACUGGCUAGUGGAGCUCCAAAAUCAGUUCUCUUUGUUAGUAGAGACUUUUCAGUUGGCUGUUGGCAUCAUAGACCGUUAUUUACAGGCAGUAUCAAAUGUCCCAAAGGAGAAACUUCAACUUAUUGGUGUGACAGCCAUGUUCAUUGCAAGCAAAUAUGAGGAAAUUUAUGCACCAAGUAUUGAAGAUUUUGCUUACAUUACUGACAAUACAUAUACCAAAAACGAUAUUAUUAAAUGCGAAAAGCAAAUUAUGAUCAAACUAGAUUUCUGUUUAGCUCGGCCAAUUCCAAUCAGCUUCUUAAGACGGUUUGUAAAAGCAGCCCAUGGCACAUCAAAGAAUCACCACUUGGCUAAAUACUUUGUGGAUCUUUGCCUAGUCGAUUACUCGAUGGCACAUUAUAGACCUUCCGAGCUGGCAGCUGCAGCCAUCUGCCUUUCCUUGCAUCUGCUUUCAAGUGCACCACUUACAGAGGUUUGGUCACCAACAUUGUCAUACUACUCUGGCUACUCAUUCUCACAUAUUGAACCGAUUAUCAGGAAAAUAUCAAAAAUUGUAUUUAAUAUAGAAAAGUCAAAAUUCCAAGCUGUUUAUCAGAAAUAUACUAGUGCUAGUUUAGCUAAAGUGUCGACUCUUCCCCAAGUAAAGGGAACUGCUAUACAUAAUUUGAUAAGGAGUAGUUAAUUUUAGAUUAUUUUUAAGUGUGGUUGACUGAGUUUUGUAAACGUUUUAGGUGUUUGUUAGGAUUAUUUAUAACUUUAGAGAUUUGUGAUUAAUGAAUUUUGAUAUGACUUUUGACAUGACAUAGAUAUAUAAUUGCAUGUAAAGUAUAUAAAAUAAAUUACAAGUAACAAUUGUAGAAAUUUAUUACAGAAAAAUACACUUCCUUUACAACACCAUUGCUAGAAAUUUAGUGGAAUGUGUGUAAUGUACUAUAAUUAUUUUGUUAUGACUUAACAACGCUCCUCAACCAAAUUGACUUGUUAUAUAGAAUUGAAAAUAUAAAAAAACGUUUCUUUUAUCCAGUUAUUGUAGUAUAAGGCAUCUGAUUGUACCUUUUUACUUUAAUUAUUACUGUAUUUAUUACAAAUGCACCUAACAUAAUUGCAUUAUAUCCUUUUAUUAUAUUUUAACAGUAUUCGGCCAUUUAAAGGAAAGAUAUUUAAUAUUUGAGUCUAUACAUUGAAUGCUAGUUUUCUUGCUCAUUUUUUUCUGAUGUCUUACAAAUUUACAUAUUUUAAUUUGCUUAAUAUUCAUAUUGUGGUUAUUUUGGGUGGAGCGAAUACUUACUAUAUUUAUAUGUCGUCUAUGACCCAAUUUAAAAUUUCGUAGUUUUGUUAAUUAAAUGUUUUAUAAUAAAUGUGUUUUACUUCC